GCAAAGAAGCACCAGGCCUUUCUAGUAGAAACAUGUGAAAAUAACGUGAAAGAAUUGGAAUCGAUCUUGGACAGCUUUACUGUGUCGGGCCAGUGGACGUCAGGCAUCCACAAGGACAAAAAUAAACCUCCCAGCUUCUCUGUUGUCCUUGAGAUUUUGAGGCAUACCUUGACAGAUUACCAGAACAAGCUGGAAAAUGCAUCUAAUGAGCUAAACAAUGUCAGUGAUGCUAAGGAAAAGGCAUCUAAUGAACUUGAUUCUACCAAACAGAAGAUAGAAUCUCACACUAAAAAUAUAAAGGACCUUCAGGACAAACUGGCUGAUGUCAGUAAAGAGCUAAGUCAUUUACGCACUAAGUGUGCCGAUAGAGAGGCUCUAAUAAGUACCUUAAAAGUGGAACUACAAAAUGUGCUGCACUGUUGGGAGAAGGAAAGGGCACGAGCCGCCCAAUCUGAAUGUGAACUGCAGAAGCUUUCCCAGGCUUUCCAGAGGGAUACCGAGGAGAAGCUAACUUUCCUUCAUACCUUGUAUCAGCACUUGGUAGCAGGCUGUGCGCUCAUAAAACAACCAGAAGGCAUGCUGGAUAAAUUCUCUUGGCCUGAGCUUUGUGCAGUCUUGCAGGAGAAUGUUGAUGCCCUGAUCGCAGACCUCAACAGGGCUAAUGAGAAGAUAAGUCAUCUGGAGUAUAUCUGUAAAAACAAGUCUGAUACGAUGAGAGAGCUUCAGCAGACCCAGGAAGACACCUUCAACAAAGUGGCAGAGCAGAUCAAAGCCCAGGAGGGCUGCUGGCACAAGCAAAAGAAGGAACUGGAGCUGCAGUACUCCGAGCUCCUCCUGGAGGUGCAGAAGAGGGCACAGAAAUUUCAGGAAAUUGCUGAAAAAAAUAUGGAAAAAUUGAACCGUCUUGAGAAGUCACAUGAACAGUUGGUUCUUGAAAAUUCACGCAUCAAAAAUGUGUUAUCACAGACCCAAAAGGAGCAAACAUCCUUGCUGGCAGCCUGUGCGUUGAUGGCUGGUGCCUUAUAUCCUCUCUAUAGCCGAUCAUGUGCCUUAUCUACACAGAGAGAUUUUCUCCUGGAGCAGGUCAACACCUUUGAGUUGUUCAAAUUGGAAGUGAGAACUCUAGCCCAGGCUUUGUCAACAGUAGAGGAAAAGAAGCAAGAGGAAGCCAAGAUGAAGAAAAAACCAUUCAAAGGAUUGAUACGUGUAUUCCGGAAAGGUGUUAUUGCAAUUUUGGCAGCAAACAGGCUCAAGGUUUUAGGCCAAUCAUGUGCCUCUCUUUUUACCUGGAUGGAAAGUUUCAAAGAAGGCAUAGGCAUGUUAGUGUGUACAGGAGAUCCCAAAGACAAGCAUAAAUUUCCAAAACAUCAAAAGGAGCAGUUACGUUGUUUGCAAGCUCUCAGUUGGCUCACCAGUUCUGACCUUCUUGCUGCAAUAAUCACUUCUAUGGCUGAGUUACAGGAAGUCAUUACUAAAACAGAUCCAAAUUCCAGAAUCUGUGGACAUUUACUUGUAGGUGCGGCCAAGAAUUCUUUUGCAAAACUCAUGGAUAAAAUUAGUUUAGCGAUGGAGAGUUUACCUUUGCACAGCAGCAGCAGGAGUAUUACAUAUGUAGAAAAAGACUCCUUGGUUCAGAGGCUGGCUCGUGGCCUUCAUAAAGUAAACACACUGGCCCUGAAAUACGGACUGCGUGGUCACGUACCCAUUUUGAAAAGCACGGCAUCAUUACAGAAGCAAAUAUUCGGAUUUACACAAAGACUGCAUGCAGCGGAAGUGGAGCGCCGCUCGCUGCGCUUGGAGGUCACCGAAUUCAAACGAAAUGCCAAUGAAAUGAAAAAGGAGCUUGACAAAGCCCAGUGUCUCCAAAUGCAGUUAAAUGAAUUUAAGCAGUGUAAAUUGAUCACCCAUGAGAAGUUUGAAAGUGCCUGUGAAGAACUGAAUAAUGCAUUACUUCGGGAACAGCAGGCACAAAUGCUAUUGAAUGAACAGGCACAACAACUACAGGAGUUGAACUAUAGACUUGAACUGCAUUCCAGUGAGGAAGCUGACAAAAACCAAACUCUGGGAGAAGCUGUGAAGAGUCUCUCCGAGGCAAAGAUGGAACUGAGAAGAAAAGAUCAAUCUCUGCGUCAGCUCAAUAGACAUCUUACCCAGCUGGAGCAGGACAAGCGUCGACUGGAGGAGAACAUCCACGAUGCAGAGAGUGCCCUCCGCAUGGCAGCCAAAGACAAAGAGUGUGUUGCUAAUCAUAUGAGAACAGUAGAAAAUAUGCUUCAUAAGGUCAGAGAUCAGAUCUCGCUGUCACGGACUGCGGCAAGUAGGAAUGACUUCACCCUGCAGCUACCCAAGCUGCACCUGGAGACCUUUGCAAUGGAGGGGCUCAAGGGCGGGCCAGAGGUUGUGGCGUGCCAGGCUAUGAUUAAAAGUUUCAUAGAUGUCUACCAGCUUGCAAGCACUAGAAUUGCUACAUUAGAGAAGGAAAUGACAUCUCACCGAAGUCACAUUGCAACCUUGAAAUCAGAACUUCACACAGCUUGUUUACGUGAAAAUGAAAGUUUACAAUCAGCAGGAUCACGAGACCAUUCAAAUCUCUCAAUUCCUUCAAGAGCUGCUCUUCCUGCUGACACAAUUGGUGUUGGGGAUUUUUUGCCUUUGAAAGCUGAACUUGAUACAACGUACACUUUCUUAAAGGAGACAUUUAUAAAUUCUGCACCCCUGACAUCAUCUCACUCCUCUCCAGUAACUAUGUCUGCUAAUGCCAAAAGGCCAACUCAGAUUGGAUUAUGACUUUAUGAAAUAAAAAAAAAUGCAGGAAGAGUUAACAGUAUAAUUAAAAUUGUUUUGAAGGGGGAUUUUCUUAUCAGUUGAAUUUUGUUUCAACGCAAGUGGCAAUGGGUUUUAAAAAAUUGUGUGAUAUCUUGAUGUGUGCUGGUAUCUAUGUCUCCCUGAAUAAUGAAAUAACCAACUUUUUUUCCCUUUUAAGUUUUAUUUAUUAUCACAGUUGCUCAUUUUUAUGUAACAUAUUUUUAAAUGUUAAAGAAUGACACAUUUUGGGUAAUUUCCUUCAGACUUAAAAAAAUCAAUAAGCCAUUUUAGUCUCUAUCUAUCAAAGUUGUUUCAUACUUGUCUAUUUUAAAGCAGGACUGCAAUGCUUUAAUAGGAUUGAGAGAGCUAUUUGAAAUGUAUGCCAAUGAUUCCUGUCAUUUCAUGGCAGCCCUGCCAUGGUUCACUGAGCCCCCUCUUCUCUCUUGUCAGCUCAACUGAAGACAAGCAUUUAGUUGCAAACUUUAAGCAGGUUGUGCAAAACAGAAAUGAUGUGACUGCUUCUCCUCCUGCACAAUAAUGUCACUCCUGGUCAAUGUGAGAAGGUCAGGUUGCUCCUUGUAAAGCUACAUGAUACCACUUGCCCAUUUGAACAAGUUAAGUUAACUGCUGAAUCGGGUCCCUGCAGGCAUUGAAAACUCAUCCUUUUAUCAAGUCUGCGUUUGAUAAGAAUGUGGAACAAUUGUGCUGGGAAGAUUUCUGUGGUAUGUUUAGGCACUUUUUAAGGACAGUUCCCGCACCAGUAUAAGCAGGUAAUGUAUUUAGUAUAAGCUGAAAAACUUCAAGAUAAUGGCUGUUUUGACCUUCAAAAUAGGCUCCUUUUUUGUUUUUGUUGUUGGUAGGACCCAAGAGUGACGCCCAUCUUUGAUGCUGACAGAAUUUAAAGCAAGGCCAUUGCCCUGCAUUUUCUGCCUUGUAGCACACAAAAGUAAAAUUGUAUGUCAGGCCGAGAUGUCGGGGAGCUGACAAGAUGCCCCAGUGACAUUUCAGCUAGAAAGAGCAAGUGUCUUGCAACCAAGUGGUCAAAUAUCAAAUAAUAGGUCAAGCAGGAAGGAGCUGAGUUCUAACCACAAAGAGGUUUCUGGUAACUUACUUGACAAGCUUUUGGGCGCUUUGUGGCUUGACAAAGUGAUGUUCUGUUGGGUAUCGCUAGACAGACUGUUCUUUAUUGCCUUCAGAAGAUCAGACAUUGACAUUGAUUAAACUCUUUAACCCUUAAAGGUUAAAUCUUAACAGUUUGCAUCAUGGUAAGUGAAAAACAAAAGAAUAUUUGUAAUAUGUAUAUGUUUUUGUAUUAAUCGUUUAACUCCCGGUGAUAUUAACUUCUGAUGUGAACUGUAGUUUUUGACAAAGAGUUUUGAUACAAAAUCCAUAUUUUAUAUUAUUUUUCAUUAUGGAGUUCAUUAUAGAUCAAUUAGAAUAUAACUAUGUAUUAUGAAAUCUAUGUUGUCAUCUGAUUCAAACAUACCCAACUUCUGAGAAUGUUUUUAAUUGGCCUUGGUAAAUAAAAUUUGUAUGCUAACUAUUUAUGUUGUUAGCCAAAAUAGCUAAGUGAUUUAUGCCAUCUGAGGUAACACACCACUGUCCCUGGUAUACUGUGUAGCACAGCACUGUUUCUUACAGUACUGAGCCAAUAUACAUAGCUUUAUAUAAAUCCUUAGAAAGCAGUUUAUGUGGAGUAAAAUUACAUCUUUAACCAAAUUUCUCUUAAUUAUUUCCUUGGAUUUCUUUUUAUUAACCAUUCUGGGUUACGGAAUAUGCCCUGUGUAAUGUAACAUGCAUGAAAUUCAACUUGCAAAUUUAUUGUAACAUGGAAAAUGCUAUUCAUUGUUUUUAUCUAGAUCAUAGAGUAAUUUCUGCACAUUUCAAAACUUUUUUUUUUUGCCAUUCCAUACAAUGAUUAAGGUACUGUCCAUACAGAAAUUGAUAUACAGCUUUUCAGUUCAUGUAACAUCAUUGAGCUGCCAAUUCUCACACUAUAAAGUAUUACCUUAUAUCACUUACUUACAUGUCUCUGUUUGUGUUUGUGUUGUAUCUGUUUCCAGAUCCUACUAAUUUAAGAGGGACAAGAACUUUUAUCAACUUAGCUUUUUGUAAAAUUUUGCCUUAAUUUUACUAUGUGAAUUGGAUAACACCAAAAAUAAAAGUAUAUGUCUCUC